AUGUUAACAGGAGGAGCCGCGACGGGCAGCAGUUGGAUCCGACGAGCUCACCUUGUUGAUCCUCGCACCUCGGUAACUGGACUUCAGUUUGCUCCUCGUCAUCUUGGUCUACAGCUUGCCGGUGUCUCGACGGAUGGCAUUUUGCGUAUUUAUGAGGCACAGGACGUAAUGAAUCUUAGCCAAUGGACCCUUCAAUUCGACUUUGGCACGAAAAUGACUGGAUCUUGUCUCGCAUGGUCCCAGGUGAGUACCAAAAUGGCUAAACUCUCAUCGAAAGUCUUCGAAUUCCAUUUGUCCGUUAUCCCCUUGAUUCAUUUUUUACGAGAAGCAUAG